GCGAUUGUCGGCGGCGGAGGAGGCGGAGGCAGGGAGGGUGGUUCAUGUGGGACUCGAGGAUCCUGGGUGGGUACGAUGAUCCCACGCAGCAACUUCUAUUGCGCGCACCAGAAGUGCUGAUAAAGAGCAAGAACGCCGUGGAGUAUGAGCGACGUAUCAGUUGGUGGAGACGCAGGAGAAUCAAUAAAGAACAUCACCAAUCUGGAGGCGAAAGGAGAGCUAGGCUGCAGGUCGGAAAGCAAGACGACGAGCAGAAGAGGGGGUGCGAUGGCCGAACCUGCCUUGGUAUGGCCAUCUUUGUUGCCCUGCGGCUUGCCCAGAUCGCCGCUGUUGCGACAUGCAUUGUGCUAUCUUUAAAUCGUCUCAAGAAGCAGGAUUAUGUGGACCCCCAGCACAAAGGCGCAGAAGACCACCGGAACAUCAGGUGGUCCCUCAACAUCUUCUACGGGCUGGUUUUCACCCAGGGCAUCAUCUUCAUCGUCCUGCGGACCCCAGUGGUUUGGGCACUCGUGUUCUGCACCAUCAUCAAGUACAGACUGUAUGGGCCUUCCGGCAGAAUAGUAGUCGAUCGCUACUGGAGGGACAACUACCUGGCAUUCAUCACUGGGAAUUGGCGUGCCACCCUCAACAUGAACCUCAUCACCUUCGCCAAGCAGCUGGCGGUGUCCGACAUCGCCGUUGACGACCAGUUAGUUGGGAUCCGAGCCAUGGACCGCAUUCUCAGAUCAGAGGAGUACAGCAGCCUGGCCCUCGCGAAGCUUCGAGCUUCCCUCGACACCGACGUACUGGGGAAGCUCAUCGACAUGCUAGGCUUCACUGGGACACGAGAUGAGGAGGACAUGAGAGGCCAUGCUUCGAGAGUACUUCUCAAGCUCGCUCCAGACAUUCUGCUCGACACUUUUCCUCAAGCCACGUAUUUGAUCACUUCUUCUCUGCUCAAGUCUACGGCAAGCAACAUGGAUGUGGACUUCAUCUGGUUCGGCUUGCGAAUCCUAGAUGAGCUCACCAACAUCCAACAAAACUGUCGGCAGGCCGAGAAACUCAUUGAUCUACUACCCAAGAUCAUAGACCUCACCAACCUUAACCUCCGGUGUUGUCAUGGAAGCAGAAGAGUAAUCUCGGACCCUUGGAUUGAACAAGAGAUUAUUCCUCUGCUUCAAAGAGAAGAGGACAUCCCUACUACUUCCAUACGGAAGAUUGACCAAGAAAUCAUCGUUGGCAUGGCGCUCAAAAUCUUGAGCAAGCUGGUAGCCACACCUGGUGAUGCCGGGAAGAAGCUGAGGAAAGAAGCCUCAGCAAAUAUUCAACUUCUGGCCGAUACCGGGAUAAUCUUGGGGCAUGUGGGAGCAGCAAGGGUCGUAGCAUGUUUAGCACUGGAUGAAAAGGAAAAGAUAGAGAUUGGGAGAUCACCUGAGAUCAUAAAGAAGCUCAAGGAAUGUCUUCUCUCCAAGGCGGCGCACGUAGAUACCACCAAAGUGGCAGCCAAGUUAUUACUUCUGGAGUACACCAACAACGAGCAGCUAAGCCAGAUUAAGUCAUCCAUCCAGGAUAAGAAUAUUAAUUUGCCGGAAGAUGAAGGCUUCUCUGUACCAACGAUGGCCUUCAUAGAAGCCCUUGACCUGGACCAACUUUUGCCACCAUGGAUGCAGAAGCAGCCGACUACCUUGCGAAUUCUUGAUCUAGAGGAUGUGCUUUCGGCGGAACGGGUGAAUCACUGUGAGGCAGCUGCCAAAGCACUAGCUGUUCUAACAAGUGGAUGUGAAGAAAAUGCUGUCGCCGUCCUAGAAGAGAUCACUGUGAAAGAGAUGGAGAUGAUAGUGGAGAUGCUCUUCCCUCGGAACCGAGAGGAGAGCAGGAGGAGGAUGUAUGCCCGCUUACAACCAGAAACGAUCCGGCUAGUGAACAAAAUAGCAUGUGCUACCGAGGAGGAUAGAGUGCGCACAACAAGUGUGAAUGCAAAGCUACUACAGAACUUGCGUGCCCACGGAGGGACAGAGAAGUUUAUUCAGCACAUGAGAAUAAUAGACCAGGCACUGCCGCAGGUGCUGAAAGGCAUCGUUGACCAAGUGGCCAAGCUGGAGCAGCCAGGAUGUACCAAUGAAAAUUUAGCUAAUGAUGAUGGCCAGUGGGUUGAAGCGGGAAAGGUGUUUGAGAGUUUUAUAUGCCUCACUGUGCAAAUUUGUUACUGCCUGGAUGCAAGUGGUUUUGCCAAAGCACUGGUUGUUGCCAACCUAACUGUAGAUACGUUGGUCCUGAAGCUUAAGAAGAUAUUAGAAUUAUACAAGUAUCCAACUACUGAUUUUCCUAGCAUAAGGCGAGCUACACUUGAGCUUAUGACCUGGAUGGUAGGAAACAACAAGUACAGAGAGACAAUCCUGCAGUGUGGAGUGUACGAGCAACUGAAAGAAGUGGCAAAGACUGGUGGAAAACUUGAGAGCUUUCAACUGUUUCACUGUGAUGUUGGGGUUGGUAGGGACCAUACAUCAUCCAUCUCUUCUCUCGUGAGUAAUUUACGGGCACAGCUUGAGCUCUGCCCCGAUUUCCAUGAAAGAUCACGCUACUACGGGGAACAUGCACGCACCAUAACGGUUUUACUUGCUUAAGUGACACCUUUUGAUUGUGUUUGGCAUGAAGCAUCGACUUGGCAUUUGUAUACCAACCAACGCUCACAUCAACGGUUCUGCUUUUUAUUUCACGCAAGAGUGUCUGAAUGUAUGUGUCUACCAAUGUGUACUUCUGUGCAAGUGGUUGUACUUUUGAGUGAUAGUGUUUAUUUGGCCUGAUUGUUGGCGACCAA